AUACGGAUGCACUCUUCCCUCCGACAUGACGAAACCAUUGAAACGCCCUUCACACCUGCCUCGUGUUUCUGCUGAUCCACGCCCCUUCCAUGUUGUAGGAUUUCUUUUUUGCCUGCCGUGUGCGUCCGAUAUCCUGAGUCCUUUGCCCUAUCUUUGUGCUCGUGUCAGUCAAGCGGUGUGGGUUGCACGUGCGGUCAUCUCACUUACCAGGAGCUUGGGGGGACGCCUUGCUUCUUGCCUUCCUCCCCCAUCCUUUGUCCUUUGAACUCGGUGCUGUGACGUCUGAUUUUGCUUUAGAGAUACCUUCAUACUCCCAGGAAUGACUGUCAAAUCAUCCAGUCGUCUAGCCAUGCAACACUCAAGCGAUCUCUCUGAUACUUCCCACGAAAAUAGAGCUGUAAUGGAUUGGAUGAGGCUCAGUAGAGUGGAAAACAACUCUUGGGAUAGCCAUGUUGCUCAACUUCUUUCAGAGCACUCCUUCUCGAGUCGAGCGUCGACCAGUUACCAGUCUGAAGACAAUGCUAUCCCAGUCGAAUAUACAUGGACCCCUCCUACUCCCACGCUCGACAGCGAUCAGUCUUCAUCUCGGAGAUCGUCAUUGCAAUCCAUCCCCACCUCCGAAUACUUCGAUGAACUCCCAGAGAUCCCUUUCAUAUCCGCCGCGAUCCCCCUAGAUCAGUGCCUUGAUGAAGAAGAUGUCAGCCUUCAAGACGACAAUGUCUCUGAGCGCACUUUCUGGUCAAACCUGAUCCGUCCCUCCCGCGUACGAACGACUUCCGAACGCUCCCUUGCUCUCCUCGGCGAGACAAACCAUCGAGUCCUCAGCCCUACUCGGUGUCGUGCACCAUCGGUAUCGUCCAACGCUUCCUCCCGCUCAAAGCCCGCACCAGCAAAAUCGAUUCUCUCAUCCAGCUCCUCCAUUAGGACAAGGACAGGAAGGUCACCGCCGUCUGUCAAAUUUCUCGAUAUGCCGACGAUUCAUUACGAAGAUGAGCAUGAAAACGAGUACAAUUAUGCCGACGAAAGUGAUGAUGACGACGACAACGACGACGAGCAAUAUGACCCUUCUCCGGCUGGUCCUGAGGAGAAGAAGUGGCCUUUUGGGUUCAUCCGACGGUUAGUUGGAUUGAACCCUAGCAGGAAGCCACCAGUCUCGACGUCAGGACGUCCUGUCAUUUCUGGUCCUUACCUUCUAUGGGACCCACCUCGUCCGCAAGCGAGACUUGGUGGUCCUCCUACGAAUAAGCGGCGGGCUGCGAGUUUGCGCUCGGUCAGGUCAAACAAUAGUCUGAGAUCGAUACGCUCGUGCAGUAGCCGAUUUCAAAGUUAUUGGACUUGGCUGAGUGGGAAAGACCCGUAGUGGUGCAAACUGGUAUGUCCCUUAUUCCCCGUCCAUACACUAGGGAUGUUCUAACUAUUUCGUAUAGGAUGUUGUACAUGGACGCUUUUGCUUUGGACUGACAUUUUCUGUUCACACAUGAACGCUCGAUGCGUCCAGACAUGCCUAUGCACGUCAUUACGCCUUUCAUGACAUUGACCAUUCUUUUCGGAUUGUCAUCUGUAUGAUCCUCGCUUGCACUUGGAGCAUUACCAGUAAGGUGCUAGGAUCUUCGGGAGGGAGUAUCACUAUGCACUGGUCAUGUGUUCAUCUGGUCAUUUCGCUAAUGCUCAAGUGUGCAUGGAUUUGGAUAAAGUACAAAACGGAAGGAAGGACCAUCUUAGGCCAGCAGUGCAGGUCGAUUAGGUAGUUACAUUGGUAGAUUCAUGUAACAUUGUGUUUUUGCUAUCCGGAACAUUGAUGGCAGUAGUGUAGUGUAGUUGUAGGGUCAGAAGCAUGUGGUUGGAAUAUGAUCAUGAAAUCAAUCUUCCCGUCGUUUCUCGAGCUC